AUGGGGCUGGAGACCAAGAUUUGGAAGAGCUGUGGAACCAGAAUAGCAUCUGAAGUCAUUCUAGACUCUGGCCCUGUGUCCCUGCAGCAAUUUGAUAUGGAAAUGGCAGCCAGGGUGCUGUGGGGCAGCCUUGGCCUGCUCCGCCUGGUGUGGUGUCUCCUUCCACAGACAGGCUACGUGCACCCAGAUGAGUUCUUCCAGUCUCCCGAGGUCAUGGCAGAGGACGUCCUGGGCGUCGAGGCCGCCCGGCCCUGGGAGUUUCACCCCAGCAGCCCCUGCCGCACGGUGGUCUUCCCACUGCUGACCUCUGGCUCUGCCUUCUGGCUCCUCAGGCUCUGGGAAGAGUGGGGGCCAUGGCCGGGUGUGGUGAGUGGCUACGCGCUGCUGGUGGGGCCCCGACUCCUCCUCACCACCCUCUCCUUUGCCCUGGACCUGGCCGUGUACCACCUGGCUCCAGCCUGGGGGGCAGAGCGCUGGAAUGCCCUGCUCCUGCUGUCGGGUUCCUAUGUCACCCUGGUCUUCUACACAAGGACCUUCUCCAACGCCAUCGAGGGACUGCUCUUUGCCUGGCUGCUGGUACUGGUGUCCCCUGGGCUGGCCAGGAGCUGCACACCCAGGAAGCCCGCUCCAGGCCCGCAGUGGCAUGGCUGGCUUCUUGGGGGCCUCGUGGUGGCUGGCUUCUUCAACCGGCCCACCUUUCUGGCCUUUGCUCUGGUCCCCCUCUUCCUCUGGGGCACUUGCGGAGCCACAGAUCCCAGCUUCAAGUCGCUGACCCAGCACGCCCGGGUGCUACUCCCGGGGGCAAGCCUCACUGCAGUGGCAUUCGUGGCUGCAGACAGCUGGUACUUCUCCAGCCCAUCUAGACCCAGCACCCUUGUCCUUACGCCUGUCAACUUCUUGCACUACAACCUGGAUCCGGUGAACCUGGCAAGGCAUGGCACGCACGUGAGGCUCACUCACCUGGCUGUCAACGGCUUCCUGCUCUUUGGGGCGCUGCACGCCCACACCCUGCGGGCCGCGUGGCAGCAACUGCGGGCCGGCCUGCGGGCCUGCGCCCAGAUGGGCUUCCCAAGGGCACUGGGAGCCUGGAGCCCGCGGCCCAGCCCCAGGUCUCUCCUCCUACUCUUCUACUUCAUGCCCCUCGCCCUCCUGUCUGCGUUUAGCCACCAGGAGGCUCGCUUCCUGAUUCCCCUCCUGGUGCCCCUUGUCCUGCUCUGUAGUCUGCAGACCCAGCCGGCCCCCUACAGGGGCACUCUGGCCCUCUUCAACAUCCUGGGUGCCCUCUUCUUCGGCUGUCUGCACCAGGGGGGCCUCGUGCCUGGCCUGGGGCACCUGGAGCGGGUGGUUCAUGCCCCUGAGCCCUUGCGUGUACCCACCCACUUCACACUCGUCUUCACCCACACCUACAUGCCCCCCCGGCACCUCCUGCAUCUCCCGGGCUUGGGCUUGUCAGUGGAUGUGGUGGACAUGGGCGGGGCUGAGGACGGGGUCCUGUGCCAAGCCCUGAACAACUUCACCAGACACCCAUCCUGCCAAGUGGCUGGGGGGCCGUGGCUCUGCCGCCUGUUUGUGGUCACCCCUGGCACCACCAGGCCGGCCGUGAGGAAGUGCCGCUUCCCACUCAGGAGUGAGAUGCUCAUCUUUCCCCACCUGACCCUGGAGGACCCACCGGCCCUGUCCUCCCUGCUGAGCAGGGCUUGGAGGGACCAUCUCAGCCUUCAUAUCCUGGAGCUGGGGGAGAAGCCUGACAAUAUGACACAGAAGCCACUGCCCAAGACAGCCCUAGGUGAGGGCCCCAUUCCACCUCUAAGUGUUGGCUGGACUGGGACAGAGCCCUGA